AUGUAUCUGUUAGGAUGCAGACAAGAAGCGACAUACCAUCUUAACGGUAUGUGUGCUCUUCAGUCGCCAAAUGUCCCCUGGCCAGCUCUUAUGCGACUCCGGAUGGGUGGAAGUGAGGCUGGAGAGAGGAUAGACGGCCGAGGUGGCCGGGCCUGCGGAGGCCUAUCUUCUUCUUCGGCCCAACUUGGCGCUUGUGGCGCGAGUCAGUUUGCCCAAAGGGCGAACUUUAAGAACGGACAACUGAAAAUAGAUUGA